AUGGGCGAGUCAACAACACGCAGUUUUGCGACAUUACAAGAGGAGCUGGGCUUUUGGAAGGAACAGGCAAAUACACACCAGCAGAGGGCAGAUGAAGCUCAGGAGGAGCUGCAGGAGUUUCAACAGAUGAGUCGGGAUUAUGAAGCAGAGCUGGAAGCUGAGCUGAAACAGUGUGAAGCUAGGAACAAGGAAUUGCUGCAAGACAACAACAGACUCCGAACGGAACUGGAAAACAUUAAGGAGAAAUUUGAGAAUCAACACACUGAUACUUACAAGCACAUCUCCACACUGGAGGACACUCUAGCAGAGACUACAGCAGUCAAAGACCACCUACAGAAAUAUAUACGAGAGCUAGAACAAUCCAAUGAUGACCUUGAGAGGACUAAAAGGGCUACCAUUAUGUCUCUGGAGGACUUUGAACAGAGGAUGAACCAUGUCAUUGAAAGGAAUGCUUUUCUUGAAAGUGAGCUGGAUGAAAAGGAGAACUUGCUUGAGUCUGUCCAGAGGCUCAAAGAUGAAGCCAGAGAUCUCCGGCAGGAGCUGGCAGUGCGUCAGAAGGAAAGGCGACCCUCCAGCAGCAUGGGCAAAGACCACGAUCGGCCAGACUUGUCGUGCCCUUCCGCUAGUAACCCAAUGACCCCUGUUACCCCGUCCAAGCCAAUCAGUUCGUUUGGCACACCGCCUACUUCCAGCAUUCGGCGAGGUGAUGGUCUCACAGGUACUCCUCUCACAACGUCUGCAAGAAUAUCUGCAUUGAACAUUGUUGGGGAGCUACUGAGAAAAGUUGGGAACCUGGAGUCCAAGCUGGCGUCAUGUAGAGAUUUUGUGUAUGACACAUCGGGAACCCGGCCUGCGCUGCCCCUCGCCCCUUCUAGUCCAUGUGGUCUCGAUAGUGGGGCUGACAUCCAAGCUAUCAGCAUGAGCCCUCCUCCACAGUAUGACAGUUUAGUAAAGCGGCUAGAAUUUGGACCAGCACCUCCACGAGUCGUAUCUCAAGGCGGUCAAUCUCCACAGGGAGGAGUCAAGAUGCUAUUGUGA